CAUCACCAAUCACGAAGAAUGAAGAAAUCACUGUGAAAUCAUCGCCAUAACCCAACGCCAGAGAAUGUCCGAAGUACUUGUUCCACAACCUCGAAGCCGCAACAUGGGUGUUAAGAGAGACCAUCAAGGCAGGGAGAAGAUGGACGGCCGGGCGGAUAAGGAUAUGCCGCGCAACGCUUACACCUCCAUGUUCGAGUCGUUCCGAGCUGAGCUGGACGAGCAUCAUGACCGGCGCAUGAAGAUAGGGAAGGUCUCGCGAGAUGUUACGGCCCUUAGUAAGAAGAUAAUAUUUUCAUUACAACGUGUCCGCAAGCUUAAUCAGCCACUCCCGCCUCGCAUUCAAUCCGAUAUUGAUGAUCGGUUAAAAGAGAUCGCUGAACUUCUGGCUACCAUCGAGGGAGAUGUGGCUGGAAUGAAUCGAUAUCGCUACCCGCUCAUAUGCCUGGAGGAAUUCGUUGAGGCCAUCUCUUUUUCCCACUACCUCCAGCACCAGAAGAUCAUCACAUUUGCUGAAGCGCAGGCGGCGCUUCCCGUCAACAUACCACUGACACCUUCGGAUUACGUUUUCGGCAUCUUCGAUCUGACCGGUGAGAUGAUGCGCUUCGCCACCGCCGUCACCGCCCUCAGCGGAAGCAUGCCUGGUCUAGACGCUAAGAACUCUGAAGGCCGAACGAUUCUGAACGACAUGCAAGAAGUGAGCUCCGUACUGCAGAUCUGCCCGCCCCUUGGCGGAAAGCCCGGUACCUACUCUAAGAAAUUAGGUAUCAUGAUCGAGCAAGUGCUCAAGGUAGAAAGACUCGGAUACGGCAUCACAGUACGAGGCAACGAGCGGCCUAAGGGCUGGAUGCCAGAUAUGAACGAACCCGGAGGAGGCGAGGGAUACCAGGAAGAUAUUGUCAUGGAUUAAGGCACGCCUGCCAAGGGACUUUUCUAGCUCUUAUCAAUAGUCUUCUUUAGACUCUAGACUGAGAAGAUCAAGAUUUCCCGGAUGCUGAUAGGGUCGUCGGAUGUAGCAUCGCUCAUCUAUCCAGCCAUGGAUCAUUUAUCCGCUAAUGGAAUGAAAAUCAUGCCAUUAACUACUCGUUCAAAAAAA